UUAGUUUCUCAUACAAUCUCGAAGCACAUUUCCUUUUCACAUAUUUUGUGGUAUUCUUAGUCAUGGCUUCAAGAAAAUCCUUCACCAUAAUUUUCCUUCUUGCUCUAUCCUUCUCAAGUAUGAGCUUGAGCCUAGGUGCUCGCAAUCUUUUGCAACUACCAACCUUUCCGAUCUUUCCAACUUUUCCAAAACCAACAGUGCCAUUGUUUCCUACAAUUCCAAUUCUGCCUAAUGUUCCACCACUCCCCAUUAUCCCAUCUCUACCACCUUUAGAUUCACCUCCUUCUAAUUUUCCAACAUUCCCCAAAUUCAACUUUCCCCCACUUCCUUCUAAUGUUCCAAUUCCAGAAUUUAACUCUCCUCCACUUCCCAACCCUUUCCCAUUCUUUGCCUCACCACCUUCAACCACAAGUCCUUAAAACACUUUUAUUGUUCACCGUCCUUUGAUUUUGUACUUUGCAAGGUUAUGAGAGGCGAUUGCUUUUCUAUUCGAAAGGUAGUUAUGGUUAUAGUAAAAUAAAAUAAACAUUGGGUUACCAAUACAUUUUUUUGAAUUGAUUAAAAUUUACACGAGUCUCACCAAAUUCAUAUAAGAUCCAUAUGAUUUAGUGAAAUCUACGUAAAUUUUAACUAAUCAAAGAGAUAAUUUUAAAAAUUAUAUGUUACAAAGUGCAUUGCUAGCUCUCUCAUAAAAUAAAUUAUAGAAUUAGUGUUGGAAAUAUAUUUAAAGAAUUGUGUUAUUUUGCAUGUAUUUACGUAACAAGAUAGGAACAGAACAACAAUUUCAAUAAAGAUAUAUAUAUAUAUACCGUGGUUUGAAUUUUAA